AUGAGGGUGGAUGCCCAGGUCAUGGUCCUUAGUUGUCCUUCUUGCCAGCAUCACGCCCUUGAGCACCACCAGCCAACCAAUCUUAUGAUUCCCAUCACCUCGCCAUGGCCCUUCGAGCAAUGGGGGACUGACAUAAUUGGCCCAUUCCAGAGAGCCCCGGGUAAUUAUGCCUACGUGGUGGUGGCGAUAGAUUACUUCACCAAAUGGGUCGAGGCGGAACCCCUGAAGAGCAUCACUGGAUCCGCGGUCCAAAAAUUCUUCUGGAAAAGCGUGGUUUGUCGCUUCGGCCUACCCCGGGUGGUCAUCUCAGACAACGGAAGGCAGUUCGCUGAUAACCCCUUCAAAGCGUGGUGUGACAACCUUGGAAUCAAACAGCAUUUCACCUCGGUUGGACACCCUCAGGCCAACGGACAGGCCGAGAACUUCAACCGCACUCUCCUUCAUGGUCUCAAAACUAGAUUACACCGAGCUGGAUCGUCCUGGAUGGAAGAACUCCCUAGCGUUUUGUGGUCUUAUAGGACCACCCCGAGGUCGGCAACCCAAGAGACCCCAUUCUCUUUAACGUAUGGGUCCGAAACUGUGGUCCCAACCGAGUUCAUCACGCCCAACCCACGAAUGGCCGCGUAUGCUGCCGAAGUUCAUGAAGAAGAGCGGCGAGUUGACCUCGACCUCGCUGAAGAGAAGCGUGAUAUGGCAGCGGCCAAAGUUGCCCUUUACAAAAAUAUCCUAGUUGGCUACUAUAAUGCCCGGGUCAAACACCUACGGUUCAGUCCUGGAGACCUUGUGCUCUGGAAGAAUUCGGUCAGCCGAGCUGAACCUCAGGGGAAACUCAGCCCCAAGUUGAAGGAACCCUACCGUGUUGUCGAGUCCAGCCAAAACGGAUAUUGUAAAUUAACUUACCGGGAUGGUUCUCGGGUGCCUCGAACUUGGCACGCUGAGAACCUCAGAUUGUAUCACCCCUAA